GACUGCCUGCGCUUGUGAUUGAUCGAUCAGACCACUUGUUAUGGGAAUGAUUGUAGGACCUUUAUCUUGGGAUCGUUAUUCUACUAUUUGUCAGAGAGAUCGAGUUCCAGGGUGCACGCGUGAGGUCAAAUGUUGUUGUUGUUGUUAUUGCGCGAGUGCUUUGAAUUUCAUGGGGACUUUGCUGGUCUUCGGUAUCUGUCUUUGGCAUCGCGGUGCCUUCUCUCCAGUCGUUCGGAUGGGCAGUGCUGAAGGAGAUGGUUUCGACGACUUUGUUUGACCUCUGUGAACAUUCAGUCGUUCUCUGCUUUUCUUCUCGGAAGCAAUUACAUUCGAGAAGUGGAGCGCAGCAGUGUGUAGUGCAGAGAGCUAAAGGAAGUCUCUUAGUGCAGGCAGAACGCUGUCAUUAACGGCCGAUGUUUAAAUACGGUGGAUUGGUUUUCUGGCAUUGGUUAUUUGUACUCCGUGUGUCCUGAAUGGGGAAGUAAAGAACUUCAAUUUGCUCCUGCUGCCAAAGUACAUAGUCUACAAUUUAGACAAUCUACUCUACAUAUAAUGCGCGCGGUAUUUUGUAUUAAAGUUUAUGCGGUCUUGAUGUGCAGGCAGUGAAAAUUGGGUGGAACGUCUCAGCGACCAAAUUUUCUUGAUUGUGCUAAUUGAGAAUGAACUAAAUAAGUUCUUAGAUUUGGUGGUCUUCACACCAACUGCUUUUAUAUUCCAUUUUGAAUGCACAGUAUGGAGGUAGAAGUGCAACAGCAACAGUCCCCGAGGCCUUGCCCUCCCGGCAUUGUAUCGCCUCUCAGUCGUUCUUACAGCAAUAUCAAAAUUGAUGAAAGGCACACGAUGGAAAUUGAAGUCCAACAAUCUCCUGCUCCGCGCCAGCCUCCAAAUUCUCCUCUACACGGCUCCGCUGUCAAAGGAACUCCUACUGCUGGAAAAAGUUUCCCUGUCGCUGCAUGUGAAGUAUCGCCCUUUAAAACUCUCGAGGAUGAUUCAAAGACUCUGUUUCCCUUGGUGGAGCACUGCGAAUUGCCAAGCAUUUCAGCAGAUAUUAUGAAGGAGAUUUUGUCAGGUGAGAGAGACUUUCCAAAUGAUUCCGUUGUUAUCAUCGACUCUCGCCACAAGUUUGAAUACUCUGGUGGACAUAUAAAGGGAGCAUUGAAUCUUCAAGACCCAAGCAGUAUUGAAGAGUUUUAUUUUAAAUACAUGGAUAAAGGGAAAGAAAUUGCAAUAAUUUUCCACUGCGAAUUCUCAUCCGCCCGAGCACCCAAGCUUUUCAGGCAUAUGAGGAAUCUUGACAGGAAGCGUCACAUUGAGCUGUAUCCAGAUAUCGGUUUCCCUCACAUGUACAUCUUACACGGGGGUUAUAAAGCUUUUUUCGAAGCCCAUCCUGACUUUUGUGAACCCAAAGAGUAUGUUCGCAUGGCAGAUCCGCUUUACACAGAAGACCUUCGAGCAUCUAACAAGGUGCUGAAGAGAAGCUGGACAGCACGAUCUAAGAAUUCCAAGAACAGCAGACCUCGCUUGCAUGAUGGAUUUGCGUUGUCGGACUUGUCAAACAGACAGGAUGUGGAUGUAAGCACACGAGAUGUUAACACGCGAUCGUGUUCAGUUUCCUUGAGCUUUGGGUAGUACCUUUAGAUCUAUUAGUUCUGAGAGGUAUGUUGGAUGUUAUCCCUGGCUACUCAAUUUAGACACACGACGAAGUCCUGUACAGCUGGAUGUCAAUCAAGGUAGCGCCUUCGCAUAAUGAAAUAGUGAUAGAAGCAUCAAAUUUGGCAAUAGUCCUGAUUAUUACAAUCUUAGCAUCUCUCAAUUGAGUUAGAAUAGUAAAUAUUUCCUUGUCAAGUAGAUCUGAUCAGGAGGUUUCAUAUCACUGUACAUGGUUCAACGAAGUUGAUCAUUCAGCAGCUUUUAAAUCCAAAGAAUCACUACCAAUUGCUUCAAGUGAGACCUCAGCGCAUACGAGAUGGUCAGUCUCAAAGAAAAUGAUUGAGGUUUGAAAGCAUCCCCGUGUUGCGAAGAAAUUUUUAUAUUUCCAAUAAUAUAUUUUCGCUGCAUUAUCCUCAC